GGCUUGACUGACAGUGAGAAGAUGGCCGAGAACACGACAAUCAUUUUUAUUCCUGGAGCUUGGCAUCCUGCUUCUUCUUGGGAGAAAGUCGCCAAACUGGUCGAACAAGCUGGAUACAAGACAGAUCUUGUCGACCUCCCAUCUAUAGGGCCAAAAGAACAUUUGAAAAGCUUCUGGCCCGACGUCGAAGUCAUUCGCAAACACAUCAUCACAGCAUCCGAAGCCGGUCAGAAGGUGGUCCUGGUCGUUCAUUCCUACGGCGGCGUACCAACGACCCAAGCCGUCGAAGGCCUCGACAUCAAAACACGCUCAUCGCAAGCUCAACCAGGCGGCGUAUCUCACAUCGUCUACUGUACAUCCUUCAUCAUCCCGGACGGCAAAUCCCAAAUCGGCGCUUUCGGCGGCAACAAUCUUCCCUGGUUCAUCAUCUCUGACGAUCAGAUGGAAUACUUUCCCGACAAUCCUGCACAUGUCUUCUACAACGAUAUGUCACCCGAGGAUCAGAAAUCCGCUGCUGCGUCUCUCAAGCCACAUUCGUAUCAGACUGCUCAUACGGUUGUGACGUAUGCGGGCUGGAAACAUGUGCCGAGUACGUAUAUCUAUUGCACCAAGGACAAUGCGAUUCCGUUGCACAUUCAGCAUAUGAUGGUGGAGGAGUUUGGGAAGGGGUUUGAUAUUCGGACGGAGACUUUGGAGGCUGGUCAUAGUCCGUUUUGGAGUAUGCCGACGGAGACUGCUGAGGCGAUUAUGAGGGCGGCGGAGAGUAGUUGAUGGAUGAGAUGUCUGGUCGUAUUGCUAUUCAAAUCUCCCGCGAUUG